UAUUGGAUUUAAAGCGGGAAAGGGAAGCUUUGUGGAACUGUGGUCUGAAAAGUUUCCUACAGCUGGCUUAACAGUUGUAAAACCUCCCACAAAUGGAUAGUUUGUGCCAGCAAACUUGCUCACGUCGCUCGUGUACCGUUUAUUAAUGUUAGCUUACGAAAUAAUGUAACGUAAAGUUAGCAAAGCAGUUAACUGACAAAGCUGUGUGCACCGGAGGAAACGAAACAGUAACGUCACACGGACUUCCUGGGUCAUGUUGACUUGAGACAAGAGGGCAGUAAAAACAUUUUUCUCCUCAAUGAAAGAAAAUAAAAUGAAGCCGAAACGCAUCCAGAGGCACACAGGCCCCAAUUGGCAAGGGAAAUGUGUCACUACUGGUGACAAGGCAGCGCUGAGCCAAGCUAAGCCAACAUGUGUGUCCUCUCCUGCUCAAGUCAGACCUUUUGCUGGGAAGGUGUUUUACUUGGAUCUGCCAUCAAACAGAGUAGCAGAGACGUUGGAGAGUGACAUCAAAGACCUGGGAGGGACUGUUGAGAAGUUCUUCAGUAAGGAAAUUAAGUAUCUGGUAUCCAACAAAAGGGAGGCACGAUACGUUCAGUGCCUGAGGCAGGACUCUCCUGUGCCCAGCCCGGACUCUGGACCGAGUUCACCUCACCCUCGAUCAAACCAGCACCGACCCAGCAGCCAUGGGGACAACGUCAAAAGCAGGUCUCAGGGCCAAACAGACACAUGUGUUUCAAGCCGAGGGAAGGCUUUGUUGGAGAGAGUGGUGAAAGGGCAGGAGAGGGUGAAAAUGAACAAGAUCCUGUCGAAUGCUCUGGAGUGGGGUGUGAAAAUCCUCUACAUAGACGAUAUUAUAGCAUAUGUACAGAAGAAAAAAAAGAUCUUCAGCAGCCAGUGUCCUGCUGUCACUGCUGUGAAAACAAGUGUCAAAGCUGAGUCAGCAGCAAAGCAAGGCUUUCAGAAAUGCAAAGGGGGGCGCAUCACUAAACCGUUCAUCAAGGUUGAGGAUUCAAGCAGACACUACCGUCCAAUCUACCUCACUAUGCCAAACAUGCCUGAGUUCAACCUGAAGACUGCCCCUCCCUGUACGCCCUUCUGUGUUGAGGACAAACAUCCAACAGGGAACAAACAGCCAGUACACAGAGGUGCGAAAGCCUCAGCCAGUGAAGAGCGAGCACACGGCAGAAAGAAGAACAGAGACAAGAAACGAGGCGGCUACUGCGAGUGCUGUAUGAUCAAAUAUGAGAACGUCACAAUGCAUCUUAAAAGUGAACGUCACAAAGCUUUCUCCAAGAGUGAUGAAUACCUGGUGGUUGACCAACUGGUUUCAACUCUGCACUGCAACUUCAUUCACAUCAGAACUCAAGUUAAAAGACCAAAGUGCAGUGUUUCCUCUGUUCUCAUUGCCCCGGGACCAUGUGGGAAAACUGAGCUAAGGCACAAGGGAGAUCUCGAUACCACAGAGAUUAUUAAAGAAGAGCAGCACUGGACUAUCGAUGGGCACGAGGGAUCUUAUUCAGGACACACUUUAAAAACCAGAUCAGUUACUGGUUCUGCUCCUCUGUUUGACAGAGAGGGGGAGAGGAGGAGCUGGUACACUCACACAGACAGAUCCAAGCACAGAUCUCUUGCACGUAAACGGCCGUGCAGACAGAAUUCUUUGACUUCUUGCCCUCAAAAGACUGAGCAGGCUGAAAUUCUUCAGCCCGUGAUGGAAACAGCCCCCUCUGGAGGUGAAUGUCCUCCCUCUAUUCCCACCAGGGUUACUCAGGUCAAAGAGGAGGACCAAACAGUUACUCAAGACAUUAACAACUCAUCUUCUCAUCUCCAAGACAUGAACGUACAGAAUGAAACCUCCUUAAAAUGCCUUAAUGUUGUAACCAAUCAAAAAGAGGAGUCUGAGAAGAAACAGGAUUCCUCAGUGCAUGAGGCUGUUCAGGACGGAAACACAUUGCCUGACAAAAUGACUGAAAACAACCUCUCAGCAAAGGAAGAAGUGAGCCUUCCCUCACAAAGCUUCUCCCCGGUCCGGAAAAUACGGAGGAGGGUGAGAGUUUAUAAGCGCAAAAGACGGAAAGUGGACACACGCGUUGAGAGUGUGAAGCCAAGUGACACUCCCAACAGCUCUUUGCUGAGACUUUUGGAGAUUUUCCAGUCAAGUGAUGACAUGGACGUGGAAUUUCUGGGGUUUGAGGACAAGGAAGGAACAAAUGAAGUGAGGGGAUAAACUGGUCUGUUAUUGAAUAUUUCUAUACUUGAACCACACCACAUUCUGAGCCAUGGAUUAUACACGCCACUAGAUUUCUCUUCUCUUCAGAAACAUCAAUUUAAAAAUGGCAGUGAUCUACACUCACUUAUUUUCUUUCAGGGCUGAAAAAAUCCCUUUUUCCCCCCAUUUAUUUUGUUUCACAUCAAAUGAAAUGCAGCUGCUGAUGUGCUGCAGCAUUUUGUUCACAGCAUUUUCAUGGCAGAAGUUAAAAGAGGUAAACCAGCAUACAGUGACAUUUAUAGUUCUCUUAAUAGUGGCUUUAAAAUGACAUUUUGCACAUUUUAUUGUACUGCGAAAAUUGGUUGACAAUACAUUGAUUUGGUGUAGAGUUAAAAGAAUAUUUCACCCUCAAAAUGAUAAUUUGUUUAUCAAUAACUCACUGCGUGUUACCUUGAAUUUGUGAAGAGACCUUUAUCUUUUUCACAUGCCUCCACAGUGAACGGAGAAUCCCAAAAAAGACGAACAUUCUUCCCGAAUUGAAGUCUUUGGGGACAGCAAAACCAAAUCAAAACAUCUUUUCACAAACUCUCACACAACUCGUGCAGUAUAACUCAAGUUUUGUUUAUCCAGUCGUAUUGUCACUACUUCCCAAACACGUGCAUUUUCGCUAAAAGGAUGAUAUGAUAUGAUUUAAAACACGUCAUGGUCUCAUGCAUGGUCAAGAGGAAUGCCUGGCCAUGCCCCUUGCAUUUGAAAUCUACUCAUAUGCACACUCAUGCUCAGGCGCGUCCUGCUUCUCGUAGGCGGAAGUGUUUGUAUCGUGAUGUUUCAAUGAAAAUGCAUGUGUUUAGGAAGCAUAAAACUGAAUGAAAGAGACCUGGCUUAUACUGCGCAAGUUGUGUGACCUUUUUGCAAACGGAUGUUUUGAUUUAAGUUUUGCUGUUGAUAAACCCAGUCCCCAACGACUUCAAUUCAUGAAGAAGGUUCGUACUUUUUGGAUUCUCCGUUCAGCAUGGAGGCGUGUGAGAUAAACAGUGUUCUUCACAAAUUCAACAUAACAUGCAAUGAGUAGUUGAUAUACAAAUGGUUAUUUUACAGGCUUUUCAAAGUGGACUGGAAAUUGAAGAAAUGUUUGAAACUAAUAUUCCCAUGACAAAAUUUGUCGUAAAUGUGCAAAAUUAAGUGACGCCUUGAUAUCAAGUUGCAGCCCUUUUCCUGCACAUCUUGCAUAUAGUUAAAUGUUUCUGUUACUGUCUAAUCUUAAUCUCCUUUGUGAUGGGUCCAUACAUACUUAGUAAGAGAAAAACAAUAAUAGCUAAUUGCUUUUACCCAUUAUUCAACUUAUUAGCCUACUAUGUGAAGACAAAAUAGAUUUAAUAAUGUUGGGCACAUUCAUUGUAGACUGAUACAUCCACUAUUUGUCCACAUUGUCUAAGUGGCCUCACUCUUGAAAUCAUCCUACUUUUUUCUUCAGUUUUACACUGAAGAUUUGUGAGUAUGUUAUUUUUUGGAAAUUGCUAUAAUAAGAAUGAAUGCAAAGUUCUGCCUCUAAACUUUAACACAGUCGUUUAUACAUAAUUUUACAUGGAGAAAUAUCAUCUAGAUGCCAUGAACUGUAAGAAAAUGCCCCCUGAAGGUGACACUGAUCUGCAGAGGAAAAACCCAACAACUUGAAGCCCCAUCACUAAGUUUUAAAGGAGCCUUAUUUUAGACAGGGAACAGUAAUUUGUAUGAAAUGAAUUUUUAAACAAUGUCAAAAAUAUGAAAUCAUUUAUGGCCACUUCAAAAUCUAUUAAAUCUUAAUGUGUGAAUUAAUUUUCUCAGAAGUGUUUAUUUUCCAAGUUUGCAGCCGUUUCCUCUGAAUACUGAUCAGGGAAGAGGAGCAUAUUGAAAAAAGGCAGCUUUAGUUGUAAUGUUUUAUACCAUAAUAUGGAGAAAGACUCAAUCUUUCCAUAGCACAGGGAGCUGAUUGUAUGUGUGAAAUAAAUGGUUGCAUAUGUACUUCUCUGUGAAUAACCCGCAGGUUGGAUGUGUGGUACUUGACAUCAUAAAUAACAUUUUAGGAUUCUUCCUAAGUGCACUUUUCAUGACCUGCCUUCAUGUGCUUUUUCUGAUGCAUUAGUUCAGCUUCUCCUUUUUUUCCCCUGCAUUUAGUGCAUUAGCAUAGUGCCCUUGUUCUCCCUCGCUGCUCUCAAAUGGAUGCAGUGGGUCGAACAGGAGUCUCUGUGCCACUGGCAUUAAGAAAAAGCAACCGAGCAACAGUAUGUUCUGAGGUACAAGCACAGCUGCAAACAAGCUGUCAAAGGAAACACUGAAUGCAGACAUUAUCGUCAUUAUUUUCUCGUCUCAGACAGACGAUAACCUGCUGCCACUACUUUUAUAAUCAUAGUGCACAAACUGUACCUGCCUCGUACGAUUGAAUACCACGCAUUAGGAGUCCAGCCAUUACCUGUACCUGCUCUGCAGGGUAAUAGACAACCACUCACUCAGAUGUACACACCAUAAGUAUAAAUUUAGAGUCUUAAGUACUUGCACAUCUUUAAACAUAUAAUAUUACAUCUUUCUGUUGCAAGGGGUCUUUUAAUCAAAACAAUAACAGAUGAUGCAAUGCCAUCAUUGCAGACGGUUUCACCCGGUUAGGUUUCCCUCUGCGUUCAUUGUUCAGGAGGUUUUUUACCAGGAGCUGAAUUAUCCAAAAACACUUAAUAAAGCAGUUUCAAGUUAAAAAUCA